UCUUGGUAAAUGGUUAUAAAUAUAGUAUUUUUUUGCUGCACCCCUAUAAAAGGUACUUUAACGUUUUUAAAACGUUUUAGUUCAAAUUCUUCAUGUUUCGAUCUUGCGAUUUCAAAUAACUGGUAUAAACGUAUGUAAUUGUGAUCACGUUUUUACAAUUCAACUAGAACAGAAAAAGUAUAUAUAUAGUUUCUUUUAACAAAAUAUAUUUUUUAAUAUUUCUUUAUGGUAUUUUAAAAUUUGAGGACAAAAUAAGGAGUACUAUGUUAAAAAGAACUGAUUAUUUUUUUUCUCUUGUUACCAUUAUUUUGUUGUCAAAAAUGUUUCUAUGUUAAUCUGUGUAUUAAUUAAGGUUACUCGAAGCAUGAACUCAAGUAACGUCGAAAAUAUGCUCAGUCUUUCAACAACCGUGCAUGGAUUUGAAUCUCAACGUGGCCAGUUAAUGCUUUCAGAUGAAGAACAUGCCAUUUUAACUAAAUUUCUAGAACCAUACGGCUUUUGUUUUGUCUUAGAACCAACAUUAUUUAAGGGAAUUAAACGGCGUAAAACAGCGGACAAUUGUUGUAGUAUGUCCGUUUCACAUUAUCCGAAACUAUCUAAGAGAGUUUCAACAUCUUUAAUUGUUUUUAAAGAUAAUAAAAACCGUAAAAGGAUAAGUGGUGAUUCUUCAAAGUUAAUAGAAGCAAAUAAUUUGUCUCCGUCACCUAAUAAAUUUGAAACAAACAACUCUAGUGUUAUAUUACAAGCGAUUAAAGAUUCUGCAAAUGAUUCACGCAAUACUAAGGUCAUUAACGACACUGAUUUCAGCAGUGCACCCUCACGUAGUGAUAGUCGUAUUUCUCAUUCAACCCGUGCAACACGUCGGUGUCGUCGUGAAGUUUUAACAGGGGAUUGGGUGGAUGCUUGCUUAGAAGUUAUAGAUAUUCUGGAACAAAAACCCGCUUGUCAAUGGUUUAUUUCUUCUGCUAACUCAAAUUCUCAAUGUCUUAACGAUUAUUUAACAAAUUUUUCGUGUCCUAUGGAUUUUCAAACAAUUCGUCAAAAAUUGAUACAUCGAAUGUACACACAUCCUUUCAGAUGGCAAGAAGAUGUUCGUACAAUUUUUUAUAAUACAUUCACAAAUUACAAGCAAGGUAAUCUUUUAUGGAGUAACGCUUGCUAUCUUGCUGGAUUAUUUGAGCGUUUGUGUCGUGAAAAAGAAGGUGUUAAUCCUUACGCAGUCUAUUCUUUUUCGUCCAAUAAUAAGAGUUAUAAAGAGAGUGCAGUCAUUUUCCCGGUGACAUUAAGUAAUUCCAGAAUUAGUGAUCUCAGUUCAACGUCAACAAAUAGUGCAACUCGAUUAUCGAGCACAUGUAAUGUUUCGAGAAUGACUUUAGGAUCUGUUAGUAAUAUGUUUUCUAAAUCCAACAAAAUUGUGUUGGAAGCAUCCAAAUUACGAGAACUUUUGCAAAAAGCUGCGAAUGUUUCACAACAACCGUUAUGUAAAGACACGCAUGAUUUUAAUAAAAUCAAUAAAUCUUAUUACGAUAAUUCGCUUAAUGGUCUUCGUACAAAUAAUGAAGCUACGCAUCAGUCCUCUCAACGAUCUCGAUCUAGUUUAAACUAUUCAUUACAAUCGUACUCUCCUUCUGUCAAAAAAAAUUCUUCAUUUAACAACAAAGCUGAUUCACAUCAUCUGCCUCCGCCUACUUUACCAUCUCCACCAACCCCCCCUCUUAUUACGACAAUGGUACCUGGUGAUAAAAUUCCUAGUAUUUUGCACCAACGGCUUCUUUCAUCGCAAUUUCGUCAACUUGAUAUACAUUUACGUCAUGCAGCUUUACAACUAGUUAAAGAUGAACUUGGAAUUGAUCCUAUUGUAGCGGCUCAGGACGUUAAUUUUAAAUUGGAUUUGGAAAUUUUGAGUUUUUUAAAGCAAAAACAAUUAUUAACAUAUUUGCGCACCCUGAAUAUGUUUCAACGUAAAAAGAGUGAAGAAGGUUAUACACCGACGUUGGUCACUCAGUUGAAACUUUCAACCUCUCCACAGCCAAAAAAUAUUCCCAACAAAGUGUCUCAACUGACUGCUCCGGAAGCGUUACCGACAGUGUCUGCAACAUGCACUAACAUGAAAAAAAUUUCUUUAAAAAUAUCAGACGAGAACUUGAAUGAACAAGCAGCUGCGCCGCCUUCUGCAUCGCGACCUACAAUGUUCGUCCCAACAUCUCGAAAACACAAUGACGAUGUAGAGUCAUCGUCGUCAACCUCAACUUUUUCGUCUUCAAUCAGUUCCCAAGACGACGAUUUGUGCACUACUAAUUCCUCGUCAAAUGACUUUAGUGAUGCCGACCAAGCGGAACCAUCGACAUGCGUAACACCUCCUAUAAAUACCUUAUUACCUGAUUCACCUUCCGGAAAGUACGCAUCAUUCUUUAAUGAUUCCUUUCAAAAAAAAACAAAUUUUUCUAAUAAUCUACCCGUUCUAAAAGUGUGCCAAGACACCACAGUAUGUUAUUCAUCUCCUAGUUUUCCAGAUGUGGAAAACACAAACUUUUCUCAACCAACAAUCGAGGGUUCCAAUGUUUCUAUCAUAACAUCAUCUGCUUAUAACCCUUCUAUAGCCGAAGAAAAUGACACAUCAAAAAAUCUUUAUGAUUAUAAUUUUGUUUCAAAUGUAUCGCCAUCAACAUCUGAACCAACAUCGCAUAGAAGCCCUUUAGGAAAAACAACUUUUAGAGGUAAAACAAGUGAGCUAGACGAUUGGAAUUCAGAUGAAUUUGAGUACACGCCAAAAACAAAUCAGGAAAACGAUGCUCCUGAAUCAUUUACGGUUACGGAAGGUGGCAAGUGGUCACAAACGUUACCUACAGGGAAGCUUUCUUCUUCUUGGGGAGAAUGGAAAGCCAAAAUAAUUCAACAAAGAAUUCAAAUAAGAAUUGGUGAUGUAGAACACCAUGACUUGCUAGGCUCAGGUGAUCAUGAAAAAGAGCGUGCCGCUGAGUUAGCGGAUGCACAAAUAUAAUCGUGGCAUUUUACUUGAUGCGCUUACAAACAUUAUAGUUUUUUUUACUAGCAAAAAAAAGAAUUCAACCUUUUUUAUUAAAUAAUUGUAUAGAAUUGAUUUUCCACAAGAGAUGAAUCUUGUAUUUUAUAUACUGAUAAUUUUGAACGUAGAUACAUACACCUGGUUUUAUAACUAUU